AUGUUCUCUGUGGCACUACCAGACGGCCGCGUCCAGGUGGUGACAUACAUAGCAGACGAGCAGGGCUUUCGGGCGGAGGUCACGUAUGAAGGCGAGGGCACUCUGUUCACCACAACCCCCGUUCCCCCGCACAGCUCUUCACGCCCACCCAUCUACGCCUCUGCCUUUUCUCCCGCCCAGAAAGUUCCAGAUGACUUCCACACCCACCAGGCCGAUGCAAAGGCUUUAAGCCCCAGUACGUCUUUACAUCUACGCCAGCCUUCUGUCAAUCACCCCAGACGUCCAGCGCCACAACCCGUCCGGCAUCAGUUCAAUGGCCAUGAUCAGCCUAUCCAUCAAGCCCCCAUUCAUACACCACCAUACACUCCAGCGUCCCACCACAGUGGUGCCCCUACACCUCCACACCAUUCCCGUACAUUCAGUCCUCAGCCUAUCCACAAUUCCACAUCCACUACACCCAACCAGAAUCUCCACUUUGGUGACCAUUUUCACGUGACCACCGCCUCGCCCAAUCCCUUCCGUCUGAGAAAUCAUGCCACCACCACACCUACGCCCCCGACUCCCACAUCUAAAUCCGCCCAUGAUGCCUCUGUUCCGCCUGCGUUCGAGGCGCCCUUCGCUGCGACCGCCCGUCCCAUCACCAACGCUCAUGUGACUGACAAUGGCUUCAGAUCCACGGAAUCUUCCACGACCAAGACCGCUGCUCCCCCGCCAGCGAACCUCUACGAGUACGACCCUACGGGUCGAGAGGUUGGCGCCCACACCACGCUUUACAACCCUGACCCGGAUUCCAGGGCGUACAUCCACGCUCUCGGGCAGGCGCACGCCGUCCCGCUGCUUCUUCCCUUCUCGCCGCCCCAUCCUGAGGGAGACGAGGCCAGGACCCACCCACCCCACAACGUCCUGCCGCCUCCCCCGAGGACCUACUACCUCUCCCAGUCCUCGCAUUCCAUCCCCGCCUACGCUCCCACCGCCGCCCCUGAGAUCGUACGCCAUCUCACGCCCACGCCCGCCCACAGGGCCAAGAGCGUGGAAAUCACGCGAGGCGAUGACCAGAGGCCCAGGAUCUCCAUCAAGGUGCCCGAACCCCAUGAGGCAGACAUCUACCCCGCACCGCGACCCAGACUCCGACUGCGCUGA